AUGGUGAGAACUCCUUGUUGUGAGAAAGCUGGACUGAAGAAAGGAGCAUGGACUCCAGAAGAAGAUAAGAAGUUGGUAGCUUACAUUACUAGAUAUGGCCAUUGGAACUGGCGCGAGCUUCCAAGGUUGGCCGGUCUAUCAAGAUGUGGAAAGAGUUGCAGACUCCGAUGGAUGAAUUACCUGCGGCCAAAUAUCAAAAUAGGGAACUUCAGCAGAGAAGAAGAGGAAAUCAUCAUCAACAUGCAUCAAGCUCUAGGGAAUAAAUGGGCAGCAAUAGCAGCAAAAUUACCAGGUAGGACAGACAAUGAUAUCAAGAAUCACUGGCACACCAACCUCAGAAAACCCUUGAAACAAAACUGA